CCUAUUAUAAGGCACAUGCCUGUUUUAGGUUUGGUUUGGUUUAAAUUUGCCUCUUUUUUUCGUGAUGGUGUCUCUCUUUGCUUACAGCGCAAUUGUGAAGCAUUGAUGCUGCUUCAGAAGAGUGGUUUGCAUAAGAAAAAUCCUUCGAUUGCUGUAGUGGCUACACUAUUUGGAGACAAGGAAGAUGUUUCAUGGCUGGAAGAGAAUGAUAUAGCAGAUUGGGCAGAAGUGAAAUUGAAUGGACAGAUGAAGAAUGGAACUUUUGAUGUUUCUCAGAAAAGGGCAAUUGCCUUAGGUUUAAAUAAGAAGCGGCCUUUUCUGAUUGUCCAAGGCCCUCCCGGUACUGGAAAGACAGGUUUGCUUAUGGAACUUAUUGCACUUGCUGUCCAACAAGGUGAAAGGGUAUUAGUAACAGCACCUACAAAUGCAGCUGUUGACAAUAUGGUUGAAAAACUUUCCAGUAUUGGGUUAGAUAUUGUACGAGUUGGAAAUCCGGCACGCAUAUCUCCAGCUGUAGCAUCAAAGUCUUUGGGUGAAAUUGUCAAUUCAAAGCUUGCAACUUUUCUGAUGGAGUUUGAAAGGAAGAAGUCGGAUCUUAGAAAAGACUUGAGACAUUGUUUAAAGGAUGAUUCAUUAGCUGCUGGCAUUCGCCAGCUCCUAAAACAGCUUGGGAAGACACUGAAGAAAAAGGAGAAGGAAGCAAUAAAGGAAGUACUAUCAAGUGCCCAGGUGGUGCUUGCCACUAAUACUGGAGCAGCUGAUCCAUUGAUUCGAAAGUUAGAUACGUUUGACUUGGCUGUCAUAGAUGAAGCAGGGCAGGCAAUUGAGCCUUCUUGCUGGAUCCCAAUAUUGCAGGGAAAACGUUGUAUUCUUGCUGGUGACCAAUGCCAACUUGCUCCUGUGAUUCUAUCUAGAAAAGCCUUAGAAGGUGGCCUUGGAGUAUCCCUGCUGGAAAGAGCUUCAAAUAUGCAUGAAGGUGUUCUUGCUACAAAGUUGACAACUCAGUACCGUAUGAAUGAUGCAAUAGCUAGUUGGGCCUCUAAGGAGAUGUAUGGUGGAUCACUAAUCUCCUCUUUAACUGUUGCUGAUCAUCUACUUGUUGAUUCUCCAUUUGUCAAGCCCACAUGGAUAACGCAAUGCCCAUUGUUGUUGCUCGAUACAAGAAUGCCAUAUGGAAGUUUAUCUGUUGGUUGUGAAGAGCAUCUUGAUCUAGCUGGCACAGGCUCAUUUUACAAUGAAGGGGAGGCAGAAAUAGUGGUGCAGCAUGUCUUUUCCUUGAUUUAUGCUGGUGUCAGCCCAACAGCGAUUGCAGUGCAAUCUCCUUAUGUUGCUCAAGUGCAACUCUUGAGGGAUAGGCUUGAUGAGCUUCCAGAGGCUGGAGGUGUCGAGGUUGCAACUAUUGAUAGCUUUCAAGGCCGAGAGGCUGAUGCAGUAAUUAUAUCAAUGGUUCGGUCAAACACGUUGGGAGCUGUUGGAUUUCUUGGGGAUAGUAGGCGAAUGAAUGUAGCGAUAACAAGGGCACGUAAACAUGUAGCAGUUGUGUGUGAUAGCUCAACAAUAUGCCACAAUACUUUCCUGGCAAGGCUCUUGCGUCAUAUCCGUUAUUUUGGUAGGGUGAAGCAUGCUGAACCUGGUACAUUUGGGGGAUCUGGAUUUGGCAUGAACCCAAUGUUGCCAUCCAUCAGUUAACGCUUAGCCUAGCAGAUUACUUUAAUUCUUACUAAGCAUUGAUUGUUUGGUAAUGCAGUGUAUAGCAGUUUUUCUAUUUUUGUUACAGAAAAAUCGAUAGCAACAUUUCAGUCAUUUAUUAAAUUUGUAUAUAAACAAUACACAUGAUUAUUUCAAAAAUGUGAAGAUUGAAUUAUAC